CAUCAUGUCGCUUGCACAUACAGCUGCAGAGUACAUGCUCUCGGAUGCCCUGCUGCCCGACCGCAGGGGCCCCCGCCUCAAAGGACUGCGCCUGGAACUGCCCCUGGACCGCAUGGUCAAGUUCGUAGCCGUGGGCUUCCCCUUGUUGCUGAUGUCGCUGGCAUUUGCCCAGGAGUUCUCCUCUGGGUCUCCCAUCAGCUGCUUCUGUCCCAGUAACUUCAGCAUCCGGCAGGCUGCCUACGUGGACAGUUCCUGCUGGGACGCACUGGUUCACCAUGAACAGGAUGAGUCUGGCCAGUACAGGACGAAAUCCCUCUGGCCUCACAAGGCCCUCCCCUACUCCCUGCUGGCCCUGGCCGUGGCCAUGUACCUGCCGGUUCUGCUGUGGCAGUACGCAGCCGUGCCGGCCCUCAGCUCAGAUCUGCGGUUCAUCAUCAGCGAGCUGGACAAAUCCUACAACCGCGCCAUCCGCCUGGUACAGCACAUGCUGAAGAUCCGGCAGGAGGGCUCGGACCCGCAUGCGUUCUGGGAUGAGUUGGAGAAGGCUCGGAAAGAACGAUACUUUGAAUUCCCCUUGCUAGAGCGGUACCUGGCCUGUAAGCAGCGCUCACACUCACUAGUGGCCGCCUACCUCCUGAGGAACUCCCUCUUGCUCUUCUUCACCUCGGCCACCUACCUAUACCUUGGCCACUUCCACCUGGAUGUCUUCUUCCAAGAGGAAUUCAGCUGUUCCAUCAAGACAGGGCUGCUACGUGGUGAGACCCACAUCCCCGAUCUGAUCACGUGCAGGCUGACCUCUUUGUCUGUCUUCCAGAUUGUUAGUCUCUCCAGUGUAGCAAUAUACACCCUGUUGGUUCCAGUGAUAAUAUACAACCUCACGCGGCUGUGUCGGUGGGACAAACGGCUCCUAUCCAUCUAUGAGAUGCUCCCGGCUUUUGACCUCCUCAGCAGAAAGAUGCUGGGAUGUCCCAUCAAUGAUCUCAAUGUGAUCCUUCUUUUCCUCCGAGCCAACGUCUCUGAGCUCAUCUCUUUUAGCUGGUUGAAUGUCCUGUGUGCGCUGAAGGACACAACCACCCAGAAGCACAACAUUGACACAGUGGUGGAUUUCAUGACUUUAUUGGCUGGCUUAGAACCCUCAAAACCUAAACAUCUCAACCACGGGAUGUGUGAUGAAAAUCCAUAGUUAAAGCAUGAAGCAAGAAGUUUUAUGGAAAGUAAAAAGCUCUCCCCUUCUUCACAAGUCUCACGCACUAAUAUACAAAAACACCCACUUUAGGAUUGCAUUUAGCUGAAUCGAACAUCCUGUAUUAUGUUAUCCCAAAGGUGAGAAGAUAUAAUCAAUACAUGGAAACAAAUCUGAAAGUUGGAGCUGAUGAGUCCAAAAGCUAAAAAAAAUUAGAUCUAGAGCUUAAUAUGAAGACAGAAGAAAAACUAAGACUAAAAUUAAAAU